AUGAGUUCCGACACAGAGAUGGCAGUUUUUGGGGAGGCUGCUCCUUACCUCCGAAAGUCUGAAAGGGAGCGUAUUGAAGCUCAGAACAAACCUUUUGAUGCCAAGAAUUCUGUCUUUGUGGUGGAUCCUAAGGAGUCCUAUGUGAAAAGCGUGGUUCAGAGCAGGGAGGGGGGAAAAGUGACAGUGAAGACAGAAGCUGGUGCUACUGUCACAGUAAAGGAAGAUCAAAUCUUCUCCAUGAACCCUCCCAAAUAUGACAAAAUCGAGGACAUGGCCAUGAUGACUCACCUGCAUGAGCCUGCCGUGCUGUACAACCUCAAAGAGCGUUAUGCAGCCUGGAUGAUCUAUACCUACUCAGGCCUCUUCUGUGUCACUGUCAACCCUUAUAAGUGGCUUCCAGUGUACAACCCUGAGGUGGUGGGGGCCUACAGAGGCAAAAAGCGUCAGGAGGCCCCACCCCACAUCUUCUCCAUCUCUGACAACGCCUAUCAGUUCAUGCUGACUGAUCGUGAGAACCAGUCAAUUCUGAUUACUGGAGAAUCCGGGGCAGGGAAGACCGUGAACACUAAGCGUGUCAUCCAGUACUUUGCAACAAUUGCAGUCACUGGAGAUAAGAAGAAGGAGGAACCUCCCUCUGGGGGGAAAAUACAGGGGACUCUGGAAGAUCAAAUCAUCAGUGCCAACCCCCUACUGGAGGCCUUUGGCAACGCCAAGACUGUGAGGAAUGACAACUCCUCUCGCUUUGGUAAAUUCAUCAGGAUCCAUUUUGGUGCCACAGGCAAAUUGGCUUCUGCAGAUAUUGAAACAUAUCUACUAGAGAAGUCUCGAGUUACUUUCCAGCUAAAGGCUGAAAGAAGCUACCACAUAUUCUAUCAAAUCAUGUCCAACAAGAGACCAGAGCUUAUUGAAAUGCUUCUGAUCACCACCAACCCAUAUGACUAUGCUUUUGUCAGUCAAGGUGAAAUUAGUGUGCCCAGCAUUAAUGACCAAGAAGAACUGAUGGCCACAGAUAGUGCUAUAGACAUCCUGGGUUUCACUCCUGAUGAAAAGACGGCCAUUUAUAAGCUCACUGGGGCUGUGAUGCAUUAUGGGAACAUGAAGUUCAAGCAAAAGCAAAGGGAAGAGCAGGCUGAGCCAGACGGCACUGAAGUUGCUGAUAAAGCUGCUUAUCUGACAAGUCUGAACUCUGCUGACCUGCUCAAAGCCCUCUGCUACCCCAGGGUCAAGGUUGGCAAUGAGUUUGUCACCAAAGGCCAGAAUGUGCAGCAGGUGUACAAUGCAGUGGGUGCUCUGGCCAAAGCCAUCUACGAGAAGAUGUUCCUGUGGAUGGUCACCCGCAUCAACCAGCAGCUGGACACCAAGCAGCCCAGGCAGUACUUCAUCGGGGUCUUGGACAUUGCUGGCUUUGAGAUCUUUGAUUUCAACAGCCUGGAGCAGCUGUGCAUCAACUUCACCAACGAGAAACUGCAACAGUUUUUCAACCACCACAUGUUCGUGCUGGAGCAGGAGGAGUACAAGAAGGAAGGCAUCGAGUGGGAGUUCAUCGACUUCGGCAUGGACCUGGCCGCCUGCAUCGAGCUCAUCGAGAAGCCUAUGGGCAUCUUCUCCAUCCUGGAGGAGGAGUGCAUGUUCCCCAAGGCAACAGACACCUCCUUUAAGAACAAGCUUUAUGAACAACAUCUUGGAAAGUCUAACAACUUCCAGAAGCCCAAGCCUACCAAAGGCAAGGCCGAGGCCCACGAGAAUUUGAACAAGCUGAUGACCAACCUGAGGAGCACUCACCCCCACUUUGUACGCUGCAUCAUCCCCAAUGAAACCAAAACUCCUGGUGCCAUGGAGCAUGAACUUGUCCUGCACCAGCUGAGGUGUAAUGGUGUGCUGGAAGGCAUCCGCAUCUGUAGGAAAGGAUUCCCAAGCAGAAUCCUUUAUGCAGACUUCAAACAGAGAUACAAAGUUCUAAAUGCAAGUGCUAUCCCAGAUGGUCAGUUCAUUGACAGCAAGAAGGCUUCUGAGAAACUUCUAGGGUCUAUUGACAUUGACCACUCCCAGUAUAAAUUUGGUCACACUAAGGUUUUCUUUAAAGCUGGCCUGCUGGGAGCUCUAGAGGAAAUGCGAGAUGAAAAGCUGGCUCAACUCAUCACACGCACUCAGGCCAUCUGUAGAGGGUACCUGAUGAGAGUGGAGUUCAGGAAGAUGAUGGAGAGGAGAGAGUCCAUCUUCUGCAUCCAGUACAACAUCCGCGCCUUCAUGAAUGUGAAGCACUGGCCCUGGAUGAAGCUGUAUUUCAAGAUCAAGCCCCUCCUUAAGAGUGCAGAGACAGAGAAGGAGAUGGCCACCAUGAAGGAAGAUUUUGAGAAGGCCAAAGAAGAACUGGCUAAGUCAGAGGCAAAAAGGAAAGAACUGGAAGAAAAGAUGGUAGCUCUGAUGCAAGAGAAAAAUGACCUGCAGCUCCAGGUUCAAGCUGAAGCAGAUAGUUUGGCUGAUGCAGAGGAAAGGUGUGAUCAGCUGAUCAAAACCAAAAUACAACUUGAGGCCAAAAUCAAGGAGGCCAUAGAGAGGGCUGAGGAUGAAGAAGAGAUCAAUGCUGAGCUGACGGCCAAGAAGAGGAAACUGGAGGAUGAAUGUUCAGAACUCAAGAAAGACAUUGAUGACCUUGAGCUGACACUGGCCAAGGUUGAGAAGGAGAAACAUGCCACAGAGAACAAGGUAAAAAACCUCACAGAGGAGAUGGCAGGCCUGGAUGAAAACAUAGCAAAGUUGACCAAGGAGAAAAAGGCCCUCCAAGAGGCCCACCAGCAGACCCUGGAUGACCUGCAGGCAGAAGAGGACAAAGUCAACACCCUGACCAAAGCUAAAACCAAGCUAGAGCAGCAAGUGGAUGAUCUUGAAGGAUCUCUGGAACAAGAAAAGAAACUCCGCAUGGACUUAGAAAGAGCCAAGAGAAAACUGGAGGGUGACCUCAAAUUGGCCCAAGAAUCCACAAUGGAUAUAGAAAAUGACAAACAGCAACUUGAUGAGAAACUCAAAAAGAAGGAAUUUGAAAUGAGCAAUCUGCAAAGCAAGAUUGAGGAUGAACAGGCCCUUGGGAUGCAGCUGCAGAAGAAGAUCAAGGAGCUACAAGCCCGCACUGAGGAGCUGGAGGAGGAAAUCGAGGCAGAGCGGGCCUCACGGGCCAAGGCAGAGAAGCAGCGCUCUGACCUCUCCCGGGAACUGGAGGAGAUCAGUGAGAGGCUGGAAGAAGCUGGCGGGGCCACUUCAGCCCACAUUGAGAUGAACAAGAAGCGGGAAUCUGAGUUUCAGAAAAUGCGCAGGGACCUGGAGGAGGCCACCCUGCAGCAUGAAGCCACAGCAGCUGCGCUUCGGAAGAAACACGCAGACAGUGUGGCUGAGCUCGGGGAGCAGAUUGACAACCUGCAGCGGGUCAAACAGAAGCUGGAGAAGGAGAAGAGCGAGAUGAAGAUGGAGAUCGAUGACCUUGCUAGUAACAUGGACACUGUUUCUAAAGCCAAGGGAAAUUUCGAGAAAAUGUGCCGCACCCUAGAGGACCAACUUAGUGAAAUAAAAACAAAGGCAGAGGAGCAACAACGAUUAAUAAAUGAGUUGUCAGCCCAGAAGGCACGUUUGCAUACAGAGUCAGGUGAGUUUUCACGACAGUUAGAUGAGAAAGAUGCUAUGGUUUCUCAGCUAUCCAGAGGCAAACAAGCAUUUACACAACAAAUCGAGGAAUUAAAGAGGCAGCUAGAAGAGGAGACAAAGGCCAAGAAUGCUCUGGCUCACGCUGUGCAGUCCACCCGCCACGACUGUGACCUGCUGCGGGAACAGUAUGAGGAGGAGCAGGAAGCCAAGGCUGAGCUGCAGAGGGCAAUGUCCAAGGCCAACAGCGAGGUUGCCCAGUGGAGGACCAAAUACGAGACGGAUGCCAUCCAUCGCACAGAGGAGCUGGAGGAGGCCAAGAGGAAGCUGGCCCAGCGUCUGCAGGAUGCUGAGGAACAUGUAGAAGCCGUGAAUUCCAAAUGUGCUUCUCUUGAAAAGACAAAGCAGAGGCUACAGAAUGAAGUGGAAGACCUCAUAAUAGAUGUGGAAAGAUCUAAUGCUGCCUGUGUAGUUCUUGAUAAGAAGCAAAGGAACUUUGACAAGGUUCUGGCAGAAUGGAAACAUAAGUAUGAAGAAACUCGGGCUGAACUGGAGGCCUCUCAGAAGGAGGCCCGUUCUCUUAGCACUGAGCUGUUCAAAGUGAAGAAUGCCUAUGAGGAAGCCCUGGAUCAACUUGAAACUCUGAAGCGAGAGAAUAAGAAUUUGCAGCAGGAGAUUUCUGACCUGACUGAGCAAAUUGCAGAGGGUGGAAAGCAUAUCCACGAAUUGGAGAAAGUAAAGAAACAAAUUGAUCAAGAGAAGAGUGAACUACAGGCAUCCCUAGAGGAAGCAGAGGCAUCUCUUGAGCAUGAGGAAGGCAAAAUUCUUCGCAUCCAAGUUGAGUUAAAUCAGGUAAAAUCUGAGAUUGACCGAAAAAUUGCUGAAAAAGAUGAGGAAAUUGAUCAACUAAAGAGGAAUCAUCUGAGAACUGUAGAGUCGAUGCAGAGCACCCUGGAUGCUGAGAUCAGGAGCAGGAAUGAUGCUCUGAGGAUCAAGAAGAAGAUGGAGGGAGAUCUUAAUGAAAUGGAAAUCCAGCUGAACCAUGCCAACCGCCAGGCUUCUGAGGCAAUAAGGCACCUUAGAAACACACAAGGAGUACUGAAGGACACUCAGGUACAUUUGGAUGAUGCCAUCAGAAGCCAAGAUGACCUUAAAGAACAACUGGCAAUGGUUGAGCGCAGAGCUAAUCUGAUGCAGGCUGAGGUAGAAGAGCUCAGAGCAUCCCUGGAACAGACUGAGAGAAGCAGGAAAAUGGCAGAGCAAGAGCUUCUGGAUGCAAGUGAGCGUGUGCAACUUCUGCACACUCAGAACACCAGCCUUAUCAACACCAAGAAGAAGCUGGAGACAGACAUUUCCCAUAUCCAGGGAGAGAUGGAGGACAUUGUCCAAGAAGCCCGUAAUGCAGAAGAGAAGGCCAAGAAGGCCAUCACUGAUGCUGCCAUGAUGGCUGAGGAGCUGAAGAAGGAACAGGACACCAGCGCCCACCUGGAGCGGAUGAAGAAGAAUAUGGAGCAGACGGUGAAGGACCUGCAGCACCGUCUGGACGAGGCUGAGCAGCUGGCGCUGAAGGGCGGGAAGAAGCACAUCCAGAAACUGGAGGCCAAGGUGAGGGAGCUUGAAAGUGAGGUGGAAAGUGAACAGAAGCGCAAUAUUGAGGCUGUCAAGAGUCUUCGCAAACACGAGAGAAGAGUGAAGGAACUCACUUACCAGACUGAGGAGGACCGCAAGAAUGUUCUCAGGCUGCAGGAUUUGGUGGACAAAUUACAAACCAAAGUUAAAUCUUACAAGAGACAAGCUGAAGAGGCUGAGGAACUAUCUAACGUCAACCUUGCCAAGUUCCGCAAGAUUCAGCAUGAGCUGGAGCAGGCAGAGGAACGGGCUGACAUUGCUGAGUCCCAGGUCAACAAACUGCGAGUGAAGAGCCGGGAGGUUCACACAAAAAUCAUUAGUGAAGAGUGA